GUCUCACUCCGAAAGGCAAAACCUCUGUUCUUCGUCUACACCACUCUCCAAGCUUCGUUUCUCCAUUUACCAGCUGCAAAAGACGACGAACAGGAGCCAGAAAUGGGUACAAGGUUGUUAACGUUGUUCUUCGCUCUGCUCCUAAUCUCGGGCGCACAAUCCUUCUAUCUUCCCGGUGUUGCUCCGCGAGAUUUCCAAAGGGGUGAUCAACUUCCAGUCAAAGUGAACAAAUUGUCUUCUACCAAGACACAGCUUCCAUAUGAUUACUACUUCUUGAACUAUUGUAAGCCACAAAAGAUUCUGAACAAUGCAGAAAAUUUGGGGGAGGUACUUCGGGGUGACCGCAUUGAGAAUUCUGUGUAUACUUUUGACAUGAUAGAGGAUCAGCCUUGCAAAGUAGCCUGCAACAGAACACUUGAUGCUGAAUCAGCAAAAAAUUUUAAGGAAAAAAUCGAUGAUGAAUAUCGAGUUAAUAUGAUUCUUGAUAACCUUCCAGUUGCUGUUCUUAGGCAAAGGAGGGAUGGAAGUCAGUCAACAACUUAUGAACAUGGUUUCCGUGUUGGGUUUAAAGGGAAUUAUGCUGGGAGCAAGGAGGAAAAGUACUUUAUCAACAAUCACUUAAGCUUUAGAGUCAUGUAUCACAGAGAUCAUGAAACUGACUCUGCUCGGAUUGUGGGGUUUGAGGUUUCUCCAAACAGCAUAAAUCAUGAAUUUAAGGAAUGGAAUGAGAAGAAUCCUCAGGUGACGACUUGCAAUAAGGAUACCAAAAAUCUAGUUCAAGGUAGUGCUGUUCCACAAGAAGUUGAGACAGGCAAGGCUGUUUUGUUCACAUAUGAUGUUACCUUCAAGGAGAGUGACAUAAAAUGGGCAUCUCGGUGGGACACAUACCUCCUCAUGAAUGAUGAUCAGAUCCAUUGGUUCUCCAUCAUUAACUCACUGAUGAUUGUACUCUUCCUUUCUGGCAUGGUGGCCAUGAUCAUGAUGAGAACACUGUAUAAAGAUAUUGCAAACUACAAUCAGUUGGAGACGCAAGAUGAGGCUCAAGAAGAAACGGGAUGGAAACUUGUCCACGGAGAUGUAUUCAGAGCACCUCUUAAUUAUGGUUUACUUUGUGUUUACAUUGGUACAGGUGUCCAGAUCUUUGGAAUGACACUUGUAACAAUGAUAUUUGCUUUGCUGGGCUUUUUAUCUCCUUCAAACCGAGGGGGCCUCAUGACCGCUAUGGUGCUCUUGUGGGUUUUCAUGGGGUUAUUUGCUGGUUACUCCUCAGCACGUCUAUACAAAAUGUUCAAGGGCACAGAAUGGAAGAGGAAUACCUUAAAAACUGCAUUCAUGUUUCCAGGUAUCCUCUUUGCUGUCUUUUUUGUACUGAAUGCGCUAAUAUGGGGAGAACAGUCUUCCGGAGCUGUACCCUUUGGGACAAUGUUUGCUCUUGUUUGCUUGUGGUUUGGCAUAUCAGUUCCCUUGGUCUUUGUUGGUAGUUACCUGGGUUUCAAAAAGCCAGCCAUUGAAGACCCAGUGAAGACAAACAAAAUUCCAAGGCAGAUACCUGAGCAGGCAUGGUACAUGAAGCCAGUCUUCUCAAUACUCAUUGGAGGCAUUCUUCCAUUUGGGGCAGUUUUCAUUGAGCUCUUCUUUAUCCUGACUUCAAUAUGGCUGAACCAGUUCUACUACAUCUUCGGCUUCCUUUUCAUAGUGUUUGUGAUUCUUAUCAUCACUUGUGCUGAGAUCACGAUUGUGCUCUGCUAUUUCCAGUUGUGCAGUGAAGACUACAACUGGUGGUGGAGAUCUUACUUGACUGCUGGCUCCUCUGCUCUUUACCUUUUCCUCUACUCAGUGUUCUAUUUCUUCACCAAGUUGGAGAUCACAAAGCUAGUAUCAGGCAUCCUUUACUUCGGGUACAUGACAAUUAUUUCCUACGCCUUCUUUGUUUUGACGGGGACAAUUGGCUUCUAUGCAUGCUUCUGGUUCGUCAGGAAGAUAUAUUCCUCCGUGAAAAUUGACUGAUGUGAGAAUGCAGGAAGAGGGUGAACAAGGGAUUUGUGAACAAUAGGCUUUAAGGGAGGAAGCAUAUUAGGUCGACUUCUCCACCUCUACCUACUUUGUGAGAAAAAUACACAACGGAAAUUUUCAUUUCCUGUUCUCAUUUGGUUGAUUUUAGUAUAGAUUUGGCCUGUUAUUUUGUCUUCAAAGUCACAAGUUUACUGUAGUUUCAGUAGUUCCUUUGCAGUGUAAGGUACAAGGUCGAUGUUCUGAUACUUCACUAUAUUCAACUCUGAAUGAAACGGUGAAUUUGUGGACUCUUGAAUGCUUCUUCAUUUGCU